AGGUUUUCAUUGAGACACUUAUCAAGGGUUGUCAAUUGGCAACCGUUGCCUCUUAAGAAAAUGCCGCUUACCAAAGAUGCCCUGAUAGCCAAAUUGAAGGAUGCCGGCAUAGCGUUUGAUGUGUUCGAGCACCCACCAGUUAUGACUGUAGAGGCUCAGGUUGACGCACUACCUGGCAACCCCAAGACGGUGCUAAAGAACCUAUUUAUAAAGGACAAGAAGCACAGAUGCUACAUUAUCACGGCGCUGCCGGAGACCAAGAUAGACCUUCAAGUGCUGUCCGCCCGCCUGGGUGUGGGGAAAGGCGGUGUGCGGAUGGCGCCGGAGGAGCUGCUGCAGGCCGUACUGCAGGUCCCCCUCGGCAGCGUGACCCCCCUGGCGGUGGCCAACCCCGAGGCCGCCCCCGUGGUGCUGCUCCUGGACUCCCGGGUACGGCAGCAGCAGCAAGUGUUCGUACACCCGCUGGUGAACACCGCCUCGCUGGCCAUGACGCCGGAGGCGCUGGAGCAGGCGCUGCGCCUGCUGGGACGUGAGCCCCUCUACGUGGAUCUGGAGGCGGACCCCAAGAUAGACCGCGACAACCCGCCCGACCUCAAGGCCAUCUCGGACGCAGCCAAGCCCCCGCCGCAAGCGCUACCGGAGGCGCCCGCGGCUCCAGCGGCUCCGGCGGCAGCAGCAGGCGCGCCCGCGCCCGCAGCAGCGGCGGCAGCAGCGCCUGCGCCUGCGGCGGCCAAGCCUGCGGCUGCUCCUGCUAAAGACACCAAGAAGGCUGCCAAGGCCUCGGGCGGCGGCAAGGCGGCCGCUGGCAAGGGCGCCGCUGCUGCCGCCGUCACCACCGCCUCCCUCACCGAGGUCGGCCCACGUGUGGACGAGCUGCUCCGUACGGCAGUUGCCGUACUGCUGGGCUCCGGAACCACCCCGGAGGAUGCGGUGAGCAGCGGGCGGGUCGAUGCGUACGGCAUGGCUCGGCUGCGUGCGGAUGUGGAGAUGCAGAUGAGCAGCCUGAAGAACGCGGCGUACGCGGCGGGGUAUGUGGCGGGCAAGGGAGAGGUGGUGGCGCAUGCGGAGCGGAGAUACGUGUAAGGAGAGGGAUUGGAGGGCUGCGGAAUUGGAGGCGGUGGUCUGUUGGAGGAGCAGUCAGCAGCUGGGGAUCUGGAGGAGGGAGGCUUAUGCUUUGGAAGAGGGUGACAGAGUCGGUGGUCGGGGGAGUCAUUAGCCAUUAGGUGGUGGAAACCCUAGGGGUUUUGGUGACUUAGGGUGUGAAAGCGUGCGUUGUGGGGUCUAAUGGAGGCAUGAGAGUAUGCGAAGGGUGCUUGAGGUGGGGCUUUUGUCGAACCACAUGCUGGGUCGCGUCGCCGAAGCCGCCUUGGCUUAUAGCAAUGAGCUGCAAUGCUGGCCUUGUUUCGUGUAGGGUAGCAUUGUCCUUAGGGCUGCGCUUCGCAGGCUUGUGGCAACUGCACAUGCUGGCCAUCAAGCGAGUGUUACGAGGUGCGUUGGCUGACAGAAAGACGUCCGGGAUUGAAGCGCGUGGAGGGCUUCGGCUGCUAGGACCGCCGCUACGGCUGCAGCUGCUGGUUGCUUCAGACAGCUGCCUUGUUGGAUGUCAGCAGUCUUGAGGAGGCACCGGCAGCGGCGAGACCGGCCGGCUGGCACUGCAGGAGAAACCGCAGCAGCAGCAGCGGCAGCAUCGCGGCGUCGUGCUGGAUGAGAGCGUCACAUCCGAAUUCUCCAGCAGUUUAAGCACAGAACAACUGCAUAUGCCAAUUCGGUCGCACUUCUAAACACGGC